AUGGUCCGAGAACACAGUAUUGAAUCCUUUUAUGGUAAAUUGAGGGAGUCUGCUCUAGCUUCAGCGUCUAAUACCCCUUUGCUCAUCUUCCCAUCCACUUCUGAUGUAGAUUCUCUCUGUGCUUUGAAAAUUAUAGGCCAUGUUCUAGAAUCCGAUUCCGUUAGAUACGCUUGCUACCCCGUUUCUAGUUUCAAGGAGAUCCAUAAGUAUGCCGGACCUAGUCUGUCCUCUUCAUCUGGCGUUCCAAUCACUAUACUUCUGAUAAAUUGGGGAUGCCAUCGAGAUCUGAGGAAGAUUCUGGAAAUAGGACCUAUAGCACGUGUUUUUGUCGUCGACAGUCACCGGCCUAUUCAUCUUCAUAAUCUCAGUCAUCAGAACGACAGGGUAGUCGUUCUUUACACUGGAGACGAUGAGAAUCAAGCCGAUUUGUCUUAUGAUUUCGAUGUAUCUGCAUUGGCUGCUGCAAGUGAUUUAAACAGUGACGAUGAAGGGGAAGAAGACGAAUCCGAUAGUGAAGAUGAAAACGACAGUGAUGAUGAAGACGGUGGAAAUGGGAAUAGAAAGAAGAGGCGCCUUUCUGAAGAUGGUGAAGCAGAUCCAUUAAAGCUUUUCAGGAAGCUCAAGAAAGAGUACUACCACAUGGGUACUUUCCAUGGAAAGCCAUCAGGGUGUUUAAUGUAUGAGCUCUCUCAUUACCUACGAAAAAACACCAACGAAUUACUCUGGCUCGCGUGUGUCUCUCUAACAGACCAAUUCGUUCAUGAAAGGCUAACAAACGAAAGGUACCAAGCUGGAGUAAUGGAGCUUGAACAACACAUCAACAGUUCAGGUAACUUAGACACCCUCACUUCAGUAACCCUAAAAGACGGAACAAAAGUCUGCGCACCCGAUGCUUCAAGAAUCGCAUAUGAAGAUGAACCAAGACUCAUGCUUUUACAAGAAUGGAACCUCUUUGACUCCAUGCUAUGUUCAUCCUACAUGGCAACAAAGUUAAAAACUUGGUCCGACAACGGGACAAAAAAGCUCAUGUUGCUUCUCGCCCAAAUGGGGUUCGCUCUCGAUGAGUCCAAACAGAAGUUCCGUUACAUGAGUGUUGAAAUCAAACGAAAAAUGAAAGACAUGUUUGACCAUUUUCUCCCUGAUUAUGGACUUAACGACUUUUACUAUCGCGGGUUCUUGUUGUUACAUGGGUACAGCUCAAAAGUUUCAGCAGCUGAUGUGGUUUAUGGAGUCACCGCGUUACUAGAAUCCUCUGAGUCAAGCGGGUCAACUGGGUUGAACGGGUCAUGUGCUUUUGGUGAAGCGUACGAUGCUUUAUCUUUGAAGAAACUUGAAAAACUUGAAAUGGGUAUGAGACAUGCGAUCAAGAUUCAAAGGGCGAUUUUGAGACAAGGAAGCACUGCGAUUACAAGAAAGGGUUCGAUUAGAAGCGGGAGUAAGUUCAGAUGGGUGAAACUUGAAGAUUCAGCUGACACAAAGCUUUUGGGGUAUCCACAAGCUUUGACUAAAUUUGGGUAUUUUUUGAUGGAUGCUUUGAGGGAAAAAGGGGCGAAAAUGAAGCCUUUGAUCUGUGUUUGUUAUACACAAGGGAAGGAGAGAGUUUUGAUUGUUGGGGUUUGUGGGAAACCGAGACUAGGGGCAAUUCAGGGAAAUGCAUUUGGGAUUGCAUUUAGGAAUGCUGCUGAAGAGACUGGGGCUGAGUUUUUUCAUGAACUCUUUGAGUCAUCAUGGAUUGUUUUGGAUUCAAGUGCUGUGAAUUCAUUCAUGAUCAGGCUGACUGAGAAGCUACUGUGA